GGGAGGACCACGAUCACUUGGGCCCUCAGUUUAGUUUGAACUUUCAUUCGGUCGCGUCGCGUUCGCUGUUGUUGAGUUGAUCCUUUUCGGCUUUGGUUAUUUGUUGAGCCGAUAAGUUUCGACUUUUGUUUUUCGUUUUUGUGGGAUUUCUGUUAAAUUUGAUAUUGUUAAACCAUCAUUUUCGUUAACUCUUUGUUAAAACGCUUUCGUUACAAGCAAAUUCGAUUUAGGCUGAUGUUGUGUGGAGACUCAAAUACAAAACUACAUCAGAAAACCCCCACGAAAUCCCACUAAACGAAGAAUAGAACACAACUUAGCAGAGCCCAACUUCAAAAAUUCUAAUUACACUUCCCUGCUUACCCAUCCUGACCCAAUGCUAUCCAUUAUCUCUUGGCCUUUGAUCUGAUUGUGCGAGUCUUGCCAAAAUAUUUAUUAGUUUUGAUUAAGCUAGUCCGCUGUGCAUGCCGAUCAUGGAAAAGUCUAAUGGAAGUCGCAAGCACAGCCUAGACCAGCUCGAGCCUCCUCCGCCUCCGCCUCAGUCCCAGCCGCAGUCUUCGGUGGCCUCGCCGAUGCCUGCCUUGGUGGAGAACUGGAGUGGAAAGCGGAAGCUCUAUGCCAUCGAUGAGCGCGAAGAGAGCUCGCCGGUGACUGUGGGCGAGGUGGAGGCGGAGACGGCCUAUGAUGCGGAUGUGGACGAGUUGGAGCAGCCCGUGGGUCAGCGUGAGAUCAUCUACGAGCUGUUCCAGCCCUGGGCCCUCUCCACCUACGGCGAUCAGGCAAAGACCAAGACGAUAACGCUGCGCAAGAAGGCGCGCAUUCUCAAGGCGCUGGAAGGCAAGGAGCACAGUCGCCCGGAUAGCUCAAAAUUUCGCUUCUGGGUGAAGACAAAGGGUUUCACCACAAAUCGUCCCGACGGCUAUGAAGAGGCUGCCGGCAGUCGACGACGCCUGAAGCCUCUUCCCAUUUCCGCAGUUCUCUCGGACAAUCCUGGCGAUGUGGAUCUUUUCGCCGCAUCGACCAGCAAGGGAUUCGGUCGUCGGAUCUACCGCAAGGUGGCCUGUGUAGAGGAGUUCUUCGACAUCAUCUAUAACGUGCACAUGGAGCUGGGCGGACGCAGUGGGAUGCAUGCUGGCCAAAAGCGCACCUACCGAAUUAUAACGGAGACCUACGCUUUCCUGCCCCGCGAGGCGGUCACCCGCUUCCUUACCAUCUGCCCCGAGUGCAAGAAGAACCUCAGACCCUCCUCGCCGACGGGGGGAUGCAAGGACUCAGAGCUGGCCGGCAAUGAGAGCUCCUCGGAAGUGGAGAACUAUCUGAAUUAUUCAUCGCACACGGAGAGCUCCUUGGAGGCGGGACCCACGGCCAAGCGGCGGCGCCACUCAAGUGCCGAUCUCAAGGGUUCAGUGCCCGUGGCCGGGGUGGGCGUUGGCGCCGCUGCCAGCAGUGCCAGUGCCACACAACUCGAUGUUCUCGGAGCCCCUCCACCCAGUCCCACCGCGAUACAACCCCGCGCCCUGGCGGCUGUCGAGACCACUCCGGUUAGCGUGCCCAAGAUACGGGUCAAGACACAGUUGCAGCGUCCGUUGAGUCCACCGGGGGGAGUUCCAAUCACAGGGCCAGGUGUUUCGGCUUCUGAGCUGCCCACCCCCAACCAGGGACAGCCCCAGAGCUUCAACAUGCAGCUUCUCAAGUCGCGGGAUAAUCUCCUCAAGUACUACGACUUUAUGCGACGCUUCUAUGCCGGUGGCUCGGUGCUUCAUGAACCGGUCCUAGCGCCGCCCCUCUACGGCAGCAGCCUACUGCAAAGCCUCAGCUAUCCAACCACCAACACGACAAGCAGCACUACUACACCAACCCCUUCUACUACCCCUGCUCCUAUCUCUACCCCUACCCCUAACCCUACCACUAGCCUUACCACAAGCCCAGCAACCACCGCAGCACAGAGCAAGAGCUCGGCACCUCCCAGGGCUUCCUCCCCAGUGCCGACGACGACUCCGUCCGCUUCCUUUACCACCUUCAAGACCUCCCCAGAUAGUUUGUCUCGGGCACGCUCACCGAUACCGAUGGCCUCGGUAGCCACGCCUUCCGAUCCCCAAGUGUCCCAUACGCCGAUCAAUUUAACGAAAUCUCUAUUUUGCAGCCCGAAGAACGGGAGUCCUGCCUCGACCUCGACACCAGUUGCCGUGCAGGCCCCGCUCAAGUUGGAGCUACCCAGUCCGCCCAGGUCGCUGCCAGAGCUUCGCAUUCCCCAGAUACGUGGCAUGCCGCAUGUGGAGCUGUCCUUGCCGCUGCCUCCACUCGACUUGGAACGAUUGAAGCCCAUUACCUCCACGUACUUGCAGUUGACACGCAGCAUGGGACUGAGCGACGAAGAUGCCUUGCGCUUUGAUAACCUGGAAACCAUACCAGCAACACCGGCCACGAACACCGACACAACCAGCACGGUGGUCGGUGUGGGCGGCGGCGUCGGCGCAGGUCUCGCUGGAGGAGGAGCAGGUGGCGGUGGAGGCCUCCUUGGCACCGGCGGGAUCCUCGGCGAAGUCGUCAGCGGCCUGGGCGGAGGAGGCGGCAGCGAGUCGGAGGCCUAUGCGGGCCUAAUGAAGGACGCAGACAAGCUGAAGCUGAUGCUCCUGGCCUGGAACUACCAGAACUCGACGGCGGUGCGUAACGGGACCGAAGGGCCAGACCUCAGUGUUGUGGGUGGGCUGUGGGCCCAGUACCAGAACGCGCUCGCCCAGAAUGCGGCUGCAGCCGCGGCGGCCAGUGCCAAGAUGGACAGCUCGCUGUCCCCAGUGCCCCGACAGGACACACACUCGCCCAUGGAGACGCAGGACGAGACAAACUCCUCCGGGCAGAAGGAGGAGGAUGAGGUUUCCGAAGACGACUCCGAUGACAAGCUGGACGAGAAGCUGGCCACCACACACGAUCCCGAGCGCCUCAAGGCCUUCAAUAUGUUUGUGCGGCUCUUUGUGGACGAGAACCUGGACCGCAUCAUCCCCAUCUCGAAGCAGCCAAAGGAGAAGAUCCAAGCCAUCAUCGAUUCGUGUGCGCGACAGUUCCCCGAGUUCAGCGACCGCUCCCGCAAACGCAUCCGCACCUAUCUCAAGUCGUGCAGACGCAAUAAGAAGACCCGCGACGGAUGGGAGAAUACGGUAAGCUUAAUCGAAACCAGACCAACCCCUGCACAUCUCACGUCCGUGCAGGCGGAACAAAUCCUGGCCAUUGCCUGCGAGAACGAAUCGAUGAAUGCCAAGAGGAUGCGCAUCGGCCUGGAGCCCAUCACCCACGCGGUGCCGGCUCCGGGUAGCGCCGUUGCGGCAGCGGCUGCGGCAGCUGCGGCUGCUGCCGUUGUGGCUGCUACCAGCUCUGGUGCCGGCGGAACGAGCACCACGUCCGCGGGCAAUGCCACCGUCACCUGCGGAGGAGCAGGAGUCGCGGAUGCCACCGGCCUCACAAAUGUGGCGGCCGCUGCUCUGCCCUUUGUCAGCGCCGUGGGCUUUGCCCGCUCCACACCGAACUCGGAGCAUGCGGAGGCGCUGCCCUUCGGUGGGGCAAGCAAUGUGGGUGGGAGUGCGGGAGGCGGCAGUACCAGUGGAGCGGAGAGCCAGCACCAUCACAUUCAUGGACAGCCGCUGAUGCAGAGCAACUGUUCAGCGCGCAGCUCUCCAUUGGCCCUCAGCUCGAAUGCCAGCGUGAGCGGCGGGGCAAGCGUGACCGGCCUGACACUGGCCAAUGGGGCUGUGGCCUCGAAUGGGGCUGGCCUCCCGCCCACCAGCUACCCCGGCUACUUUCCCGGGGUGGCUUCCCUGGGUAAUGUGACGCCCACCGAUCUCUCGAUGAAACCGACCUCCCUGGGCUCCGGUGUCAGCGGCAACCUUCUCAGCAGCAACAACGGAAAUAUCUCCGUGGGCGGUGCCAUCAACUCCCAGCUGAGUGCCGCCAACCUGGCCACCCUAAGCAACGCCAACACCAAUAGCGCUCUGGUGACCGCAACCCAGCAACUGCAGCAGCUCCAACAGCAACAGCAACAACAACAGCAGCAGCAACAGCAACAACAACAGCAGCAGCAGCAACAACAGCAGCAGCAGCAACAGCUCCUGGCCAGCUCCGGGGGCGGUCUCGAUGGGCAAUCCUCCCGAGCGCCGCCUAUUCUUCCGCACAAGCUGAGUCCCAACGAGGUGUCCGCGGCCCGCCAGGUGAUAUCCGCAUACCGUGAGAGCGCGGCCUUUCUCCUGCGCACCGCCGACCAGGUGGAGCAGCUGCUGGUCCAGCAGCAGUAGGCGUGGCCGGGGGCGCACUCACAUUUCCAGGACCCAAGCGAUGCCAGGCGCGCACGGGUUGUUCCUAUUUAAAAUUAAAUUUAAAUUCAAUUACACAAAAAACUGACCCACUCACCCCACACACUCUCGCGCCAAACUAAACGAAAUAGUCAAAGCAUAGAGCAAAACGAAGGAGCAACACAGGAGUAGAAGGAAGAGGAUCAGGAGAACAGGAGAGCAGGAAAUAGCCAAAGGAAGUUCGUUUAAACAAAACAUUUUAAGUGUUUUUUCCUCCAACUACGUACAGAAUAUUAAAAUAGAAUUAAACGAUAAACAAAAACCAAAACAAA